AUGCCCCGCGGGUUCCUGGUGAAGAGGACCAAGAGAGCUGCCCCUGUCUCCUACAGGGUACGCUGCGCCGAAGAGGAAUGGGGCGUCCCAGAAGCAGUGCCCUCCCCUUGGGCACAGGGAGGGGCCCCCCUGCAUCACGCCACCUCUUCCGCCGGCAUCAGGCCUGCCGGCUAUGGGAUGCCCAGCUCCCCCUGCACUCCGGCCCGUAGCCCCAACAGGCCGGUCAAUUCCAGCUCGCCGGUACUGGCCGAGUCCUUCCCCAGCCCCUCCUCCCUGGCCUCGUCGCUGGGGGGAGCCGCCUUCGGGGUCUCAGUGUCGGACGAGGAGGCGAGGAUGGGCUCCAACUGCGCGGCCAUCCAAGCGGUCAAGAGGCAGCCGACCCCGGCCAAAGCCAAAGCCCAGGGUAAGAGGCCCAGGGCAGAGAGGAAGACCUACCGGGACGAGGUGACCACUUCGCCGGUCCUGGGGCUAAGGAUCACCAAAGAGCUGAGCGACUAUCAGCAGCAGCCCAAGGUAGCGGGCGACCAGCCCCUGGGUGAGUUCAUCUGCCAGCUGUGCAAGGAGGAGUACGUCGAUGCCCUCUCGCUGGCGCAGCACCAGUGCUCCCGCAUCAUCCGGGUGGAAUAUCGCUGCUCCGUGUGCGACAAGGUCUUCAGCUGCCCGGCCAACCUGGCCUCUCACUGCCGCUGGCACAAGCCCAGGAACCUGGGAGCCCUCCAAGGGCCGGAGGCCGCGAAAGACAGUGGGGGCGGCAAGGGCAGGGGCAAAGCCGAGGGCCAGCCGCGCGACAGCUGCAACCCCUCGCCCCAGCCCUGCGAGUACCCGGGCCUGGAAGAGGACCUGUUCGACUGCCCGCUCUGCGGUAAGAAAUUCCGGAGGCAAGCCUACCUCAGGAAGCACAUGGCCACUCACCGACCCCCCGUGCUGUUGCCCGGCAGCCAGCGGUUCCUCGACCGACCCUCGAGCUCGCUGGAGGGAGCGGGCCUCACCUCCUUCACCCGUCCUCCUUCAGGACUGCAGCUCCCCUGCUCGGGGCUAAGCCCCAUCCUGAGACAUCCUCCGACUCCUGCUUGCCCCUAA